AUGAAAAUAAUAAAUCAAGGUGGUUCGUUGUCAGAAGCUGCAUUGGCUUUUGAAGCUGCGGUAAAGAAAGAUAUUAAUAACUCUGAAGCUUGGGAGCGGUUAGGUAGUGUGCAAGCUCAAAAUGAGAAGGAUGAAGCAGCUAUAAGAGCUUUGCAAAGAGCUAUUGAAAUUGAUGGAAAUAAUUUGACUGCUUACACAAACGAAGGAUUCACAGCUCAGUCAUAUUUUACACUGGAGCGAUGGAUAACUGUGAAAUAUCCCGAGAUUGUAUUAUCUUCAGCAACAAUGCAUAAUUCACAAGUUCUUUUGUCUCGUGUUAAAGAAUUGUUUUUGAGAGCUGCAAGGAACGCACCAGAAGGUGAAAACAUUGAUCCUGAUGUACAAGUAGGCUUGGGCGUGUUAUUUUAUGCUAAUGAUGAAUACGACAAAGCUGCUGAUUGUUUUAAUACUGCAUUGGAAGUUCGUAAAGAUGAUUAUCUUUUAUGGAAUAAAUUAGGUGCAACAUUAGCAAAUUAUAACAAACCAGAAGAAGCAAUUGAAGCAUAUCAUAAAGCAUUAUCUUUAAGACCUACAUUUGUAAGGGCAAGACAUAAUCUGGGAAUCAGUUGUAUAAAUAUUCAUUGUUAUCGUGAAGCAGUUGAACACUUACUUGGUGCUUUGAGUAUGCAUAAGAUUGGCGAUGAUGAUAGUAAAAAUACUAGUAGAUCGCUUAGACUAACCUUGAGUAGAGCUUUUGAAAAAAUGGAAAGAAAAGAUUUGCUAGACAAAAUACUCUCUGGAGCUGAUGUUAAUGAAUUCCGUGACGAAUUUGAAUUUUAA